AUUGACCUACCAAGUUCAGCUGUGCAAAAUGCGUGCGGUCGUGUGCAUCGGAGAAUGUCUGGCCGUAUCCAAGGACGCUAAGACCCAGUCGCUGGCCAAGGAAAUUCUAGAAUCUUUACCCGUGCGCAACGAAGCCUACCUUGGACAAGUUCAUUCGGCAUUUGUGCAAAUUCUCUCUGCACAGUCAUUCCAGGCACGCUACUAUGCAACGAUCUCACUCAAUUCUAUACAGAAGCAGAUGGACAAGCCGCCAGACGCUGGGAUCAUAAAGCCUCUCGUCAACCUGCUGGAAUGCUCUAGCGUUCACGUUCAACAGGAAGUUUUUGACCUGAUGAAGCUACUGCUUUCCUAUGAGAAAAUCAAAAAGUCCCUGUUGCAGGAACUGCUGAAGGCCAUGCAUAUUACAGGUUCCGAAACAGACACCGAUGCAGCUGACUCGAACGGAGGCGGAUCUGAAACCAACAUCACUCCAAUGGAGGCGGCUCUCCCAGACAACAUCAAGCAGGCGGCAUGUGCCCAUUUUAUCCAUCAAAUUCUUUCCGAGAACAGUGGAUCAAGUGACGCUUCGGUUGUGAAAAUACUUGAACAAGGACAUGUUGCUGAGUACUUGCUGUACGCAUUUGGCAAUGAAAGCUUUGCAAAUAGCCGCAAGCAGGCAGCAAGGUCACUCAGGCAACUGCUGCAUAUGAGGAUCGAGAAUGUAAGACAUGUCCUUCUGGAGACGCUUGGAGAGGAAUUUGUCCAAGAAAUCGAGUCAUGCAAUGACAUGGAUCACGUCAGUCUGAGUGUAUCACCACUGCAAGCUAUGACUAUGAGAAGUGCAUUGCUCCGACUUGAGUACACAGGAAAGCUGCUGUAAAUCAUCCAAGGACUAUCUUGACCCGAAAACCAUGAAGAUUAUAGAACUAACAAACACUGGAAAACCAGCCACGAAUCUAUAGCUAACGAUCUGAAUUUCCGAAGCAUUGCAUCUUUGCCAUAAUAGUCUCCUUGAGAAUGAUUUGUUUGGAUUUGUGUAGUUUUUUUCUCGAGGCACGAUUGUCUUGUGACAGUGUAAAUUAUAUGUUGUUUCCAUCUAGACCGCAGCUGUUCCUUUCUUGCUGUCCUUGAGCAUGAUCAAAUGUUGCUUCAGUCAUGCAGUUAUCAUGAAUUUGCUGAAACGAGUCCCUUGAUUCUUGUA